AUCACUUGAAACCUCACCUCUCUCUCUCUCUCUCUCUCUCUCACUCUUUAUCUAUCUUUCUCUUUGCUACCAUGAAGAUUUUCUUGGAAAAUUUUAGUUGUGGAAAGUGGUAUUUUCUAUUAUGAUCCAUUAGCUUUCAAAAAUAAUAAUAGUUGAAUUUCUCUGUAUUACAUAUCAUCAAACAUCUAUAUAUACAUAAACCUAGGAGAGAAGUCUCUUGUGUUAAUAGAAUCAGAAGCACUUGAGAGAAGCAUAAAUGGCUGGAAAUGAGUGGAUAAAUGGGUACUUGGAGGCAAUUUUGGAUGUGGGAAGUGGGAAAAGAAAAAUGAAUGAUGGGAAGUUGAAGCUGUCGAAGUUUGAAGAAUCAAAGCAGAAGGAAGGGCAAUUGUUUAGUCCUACAAAGUACUUUGUUGAAGAAGUGAUUAAUAGUUUUGAUGAAUCCGACCUCCACAGAACUUGGGUCAAGGUAAUAGCAACAAGGAAUACCCGUGAAAGGAGUAACAGGCUGGAGAAUAUGUGCUGGCGAAUUUGGCAUCUUGCUCGCAAAAAGAAACAAAUUGCUUGGGAGGAUGCACAGAGGCUAGCCAAGAGACGUAUCGAGCGUGAGCAAGGUCGUGACGAUGCUGCCAAUGAUCUUUCAGAGCUCUCUGAAGGGGAGAAGGAGAAGGGAGAUGCUAAUAUCUCAGAUUCUUCCAAGUAUAUCACAAGAAUCAAUUCUGAUUUGCAAAUGUGGAAUGAUGAAGACAAGUCUAACAAGAACCUCUACAUUGUGUUGAUAAGUAUGCAUGGGUUGGUACGAGGAGAAAAUAUGGAACUUGGGAGAGAUUCUGAUACUGGUGGUCAGGUAAAAUAUGUUGUUGAACUCGCAAGAGCCCUGGCCAACACUAAGGGAGUUUAUCGUGUGGAUCUGUUGACAAGGCAAAUUGCCUCACCAGAGGUAGACUCUAGUUAUGGUGAACCCAUUGAGAUGUUGUCUUGCCCCGCCGACGGCAGUGGCAGUUGCGGAGCCUAUAUCAUCCGUAUCCCUUGUGGUGCUCGUGACAAGUACAUAGCAAAAGAGUCACUUUGGCCACACAUACCUGAAUUUGUUGAUGGUGCAAUAAACCACAUCGUCAACAUGGCAAGGGCUCUUGGUGAACAAGUGAAUGGAGGAAAACCCACAUGGCCCUAUGUGAUUCACGGCCACUAUGCUGAUGCAGGGGAGGUGGCAGCUCACCUCUCCAGUGCCUUGAAUGUGCCAAUGGUGUUGACGGGGCACUCGUUGGGGCGGAACAAGUUCGAGCAACUUCUCAAGCAGGGGAGGCUGCCUAAGGACAUAAAUGCAACCUACAAGAUAAUGAGGAGGAUAGAAGCUGAAGAGAUGGGGCUGGAUGCUGCUGAAAUGGUGGUGACUAGCACGAGACAAGAGAUCGAAGAGCAAUGGGGGUUGUAUGAUGGGUUUGAUAUCAAAUUGGAGAGGAAGCUUAGGGUUAGAAGACAGCGCGGUGUUAGCUGCUUUGGACGAUACAUGCCAAGGAUGGUGGUUAUACCACCAGGUCUGGAUUUCAGCUAUGUAACAACACAAGAUUCAUUGGAGGGUGAUGCUGAUCUUAAGUCAUUGCUUAGCUCUGAUAGAAAUAACAAGCGCCAUCUGCCUCCAAUAUGGUCUGAGAUCAUGAGAUUUUUCACAAACCCCCACAAGCCAACCAUACUUGCAUUGUCUCGUCCUGACCCAAAGAAAAAUGUCACCACAUUGCUCAAGGCAUUUGGGGAGUGCCAGCCUCUGCGAGAGCUAGCUAACAUGACAUUGAUACUGGGGAACAGAGAUGACAUCAAUGAAAUGUCUAAUAGCAGUUCAGUUGUUCUUACCACUGUUCUAAAGCUCAUCGACAAGUAUGACUUGUACGGUCAGGUGGCUUAUCCAAAGCAUCAUAAGCAAUCUGAAGUUCCUGAAAUUUAUCGUCUGGCUGCAAAAACGAAGGGAGUUUUCAUAAAUCCAGCACUUGUGGAACCAUUCGGUCUCACACUUAUUGAGGCAGCUGCAUAUGGUCUUCCAAUUGUUGCCACAAAGAACGGGGGACCUGUGGACAUUGUGAAGGCACUUAACAAUGGUCUCCUGGUUGACCCGCAUGAUCAGAAAGCUAUAGCAGACGCCCUCCUGAAGCUGGUUGCUGACAAAAACAUGUGGUCUGAUUGUCGAAAAAAUGGACUCAAGAAUAUCCACCGCUUUUCAUGGACAGAACACUGCCGCAACUACCUCUCACAUGUAGAGCACUGCAGGAACCGUCACCCCACCACACGACUUGAGAUCGUGACAAUUCCUGAAGAACCAAUGAGUGAUUCUCUAAAGGAUGUGGAAGAUCUUUCUUUAAAGUUCUCCAUUGAAGGAGACUUCAAGCUCAACGGAGAGCUUGAUGCGGCAACUAGACAGAAAAAACUCAUUGAAGCCAUCACCCAAAAGGCUUCCUUCAAUGGCAAUGCCACUGUCACUCACAGUCCUGGUAGAAGGCAGAUGCUAUUUGUAAUCGCUUCUGAUUGCUAUGACGGCAACGGCAAUAUCACAGACAAGUUUCAAACAACAAUCAAGAAUGUGAUGAAAGCAGCAGGAUUGAGUAUAGGCCUAGGCAAAGUAGGCUUCAUAUUGGUAACUGGUUCGAGUUUGCGAGAGACUAUGGAAGCAAUCAAAAGCUGCCCAUUAAAUAUAGAAGAUUUUGAUGCAAUAAUUUGCAACAGUGGAAGUGAACUGUAUUACCCGUGGAGAGACAUGGUGGCUGAUAUAGACUAUGAAGCCCGUAUAGAAUACAAAUGGCCAGGUGAGAAUGUGAGAUCAAUGGUUAUUAGGCUAGCGAGGACAGAAGAUGGAGCUGAGGAUGACAUCUCUGAGUAUGUGGAUGCAUGCAGUUCCAGGUGCUCCUCUUACAGUAUAAAACCAGGAGCCAAGACUCGAAGAGUAGAUGAACUUCGCCAAAGGUUGCGAAUGAGAGGAUUCCGAUGCAACCUAGCCUAUACACGUGCAGCAUCAAGGUUAAACGUGGUACCACUAUUUGCAUCAAGAAAACAAGCUCUAAGGUAUCUGUCAAUUAGAUGGGGAAUUGAUCUUUCGAAAACAGUAGUGUUUGUGGGCGAAAGAGGGGACACAGACUAUGAAACCCUGCUGACUGGCCUCCACAAAACUAUAAUUGUAAGAGGCACAGUGGAGUGCAGCAGUGAGAAGUUUCUUCAUGGUGAAGAGAGUUAUAAAAGAGAAGAUUCAGUUCCACAAGACAGUCCUAACAUCACCCCAGUGGAAGGAAGUUAUGAAGCCCAGGAUAUCUCUGCAGCUCUGAAGGCUCUUGAGAUCAAGUGAAUAUGAUAUUUACUAUAUUUUCCUUUCAAGUGUUUAUAUAUCCUCAUCGUUAAUGCAAAAGCAAGGAUAUAAGUACCAUAUAUACAAGAAUAUACAUCUCAACUUGUGAGAGAUUUCAAUUGUUCAAGUAUAAUAAAAUACUAAACGUAGAAUAAUAAAGAAUGUAAAUUUGUGUG